AAUCUUUGUACGACUGAUUGAUAGAAAAAGAGAAUAGGGGAAGCCAUCAUCAUCUGAACUACUACUAGGUCACAGCUCCACUGAAAUGAGUUAAGAACUCUCCCAAAAGAUAAACACAAGAUUACAGGGCAACAAGAGCUGGUUUUUUUAUGCAUUUCAAUUUCAAUUUCAAUUUCAAUAGUGAGAAGGAAGAUCAGAGAAAAAGGCUACAAGAAAAGCGACAGUUGAGUUAUUGACCGAAAAAGUAGCUUGAGAGAAGCCCAAAAGGCAAUCUGAAACUGCAGGAAAACUGUCUCCUCCUUUACUUAUUUUUGCAUCUCAAUUAUUUUUGGCAGAAGCUGUGAGAGAGAUAAACAUUUCUUCUCUGUUUCACACUCCCCAAGCUGGCACCAUGGCCCAUUUGUCAGGUCUCUCCCCACAUUACACCCCACACACAUUUCCAUUGAUUACUACUUUGCGCAUUUCCAAGAAAACUAUUGUUUCCCUGACCCCCUUUCCAAUUGCCCCUCCACUGUUUUCCUAGAAAUAAAAAUCCAAUCUUUAUUCAUUUUGGUGCAUGUGUGAUUGAAUUUUCAGCUCAGUGGAUAUGAUGAGAGAGGUGUAGCCUUCAAGAAAAUGGAAAAGGGCUCUUCCUCCUCUUCUUCAUCAGGUGGUGGUGGUGGGGCUGACUCCAUCAAUGGCUUGAAAUUUGGCAAGAAAAUCUACUUUGAAAAUGUGGGUUCAAGAAUUGGGGGUGUGGGGGAGGAGGAGGCGCCGCCUCCGCGUUCUCCGGCCAAGAAGGGGAGGACUGCGGUGGUGCACGGGGGGCAGCCACCCAGGUGCCAAGUGGAGGGGUGUUUGGUAGAUCUGAGUGAUUCUAAGGCUUAUUAUUGUAGGCAUAAAGUUUGUGGUGUGCACUCAAAAUCUCCAAGGGUGAUUGUUGCUGGCCUUGAGCAAAGGUUUUGCCAGCAGUGCAGCAGGUUCCAUCAACUGCCCGAAUUUGACCAAGGGAAAAGGAGUUGCCGGAGGCGCCUUGCUGGACACAACGAGCGCAGGAGGAAGCCGCCCCUCGGCCCUUUACUGUCAUCGCGCUAUGCAAGCCUCUCUCCCUCAGUGUUAGCUGGAGGUCUAGAGGCGGACAUGACCGCCUACUCAGCAUUCGGUGGGAGAGAUCCGUGGCCCGAAACAUCAAACCAAACAACGAGCACAGGAAACUUCCAGCUUCCCUGGCAGAUGAGCUCACAAGCAGCUUCUCCUCCACCCAGUCUUCUGCAAGGCUCCACAACAAGGUCGAGUUACGCAGCUGCCGAGGACUGUUUCAGCGGGAUCCCCGACUCAACCAGUGCUCUCUCUCUUCUGUCAAACGAGCCAUGGGGCUCGAGAAGCCAAACCUUGGAUCUUGGAGUCAACAGUUUUAUUGCUGGAAACAGCGCAGCCGGGGUUGACCCAAGUGGCCCGAUUGGUCGAUAUCCUUCGUGGGAUUUCAAAGGUGAUCACUCUCUCCACGAGAUGCCCCCAGAUAUGGGGUUAGGGCAGAAUUCUCAUCCUCACCCUUCCAACAAUCCUUACAGCAUGGACCUAAGGUUGGCUCGGCCAGGUGACGGACGACGCCACGAACUCGAGCCGUCCGGUGGCUAUGAUUCUUCCAGCCACCACAUGAACUGGUCACUUUGAGCCUUGUUUCUGUUUUUGUUUGUGGUUGUGUUGGGUGCCUUUGGACUAAGCUACUCGAUGAUGCAAUUUAAGUUAAGCUAAAUUAUGUUGGAUUUUGGUUA